UCUGGUGUUACAGGUGCUUUGGGCGGCGGAGGCAUUGUCAUGCGCAGGGCCUGUCCUGAUGCCUGGAUGUAGGUUCCCGCGGUGCGGUCCAGUCCACGGUUCCUUCGGCUACCUUGAGGUGGGUGGCCAACCGGGUCAGUGGAAUGCCUUGCUGCGCAGGUGGGAGGUGGUCUCGCUGUGUGGAGAAGGGUGUUCACUGCAGUGCUUGUCCGGACUCAGCUGGGGGCAAGGCACCCGGCUGCAGUCUGGGGUGGCGUGUGGGCCAGCUCCGGGGCUCCACUGCCAACAGUGGCAGUGGUCCAAGAACCGUUGGGCGAAGGGUGCUUCGGCCGUCUGGGAAGGCUGUUUGGGGCAGUUGCAUGGACAUGGAAACCGGCUGAGGGAUUCCUGAGUGUCGGGAGGGGAAUGGGGGCAGUGCCACGCCGGGCCUCCAGGGGAGAUGGGACUACCAGGACCUCCCAGACCCACAGACAGGGUUUGCUGCCGCAGCGUGUGUGUGUACACCGGAUCUCAGAAGGGAGGUGGGACUGCCAUGAUCUACUGGAUGCACAGAAGAGAGGGGCUUCGUCAGGAGUGUAGGCGACACUGGACCACUGGAACCAGGCGAAUGACCAGGCCCUGCAGCUGAUCAAGGGCCUAAAGGCGCACCGGGAGCCAAAGGGGUCAAAUGAGAAGAGGGACCCGCAGGACAACAGGGGUAUCCAAGGAGAGCCAGAGAAGAGGGGAAACUGUGGAUUUCCAGGCGCUUGAGGACCCAGUGGACAAAAGAUGUUCUACACUGGAGCUGGAAUGAAACCUGUCAGAUUCUUCGCUCCUGCUACGUUCAAGAGGAACUCCUUGAACCACUGGGUAAGAAAAAUAUAUACAAAUUAUGCAUAAAAAAACAUGCUCAUAGUCUCGCAUUGUUUGUAAACUACUUUCAAUUCAGAUAUAAUAGAUGUAAUAGUGUUACAUUGUUUUAGUCUACAGAAUGCACAAUGCACUGCUCUCAACUGCUCACAUGUAACUAUAAUAUGGUUUCUGUUCUUCCCUCCUCGUGCCUGCGCCCGUCGGUCCGUGCCUCCGUCCAGCCGGCUGUGCGUGUCCGUGCCUACGUCUGGCCGGCAGUGCGUCCGUCCGUGCGUCCGUCCGUGCUUCCGUCUCUGCCCAUUUCCGUGCCCACGUCCGGACGGCUGUGCGUCCGUCCGUGCGUGCUUCAGUCCGUCUGUGCGUCCGUGCCAACGUUUGGCCGGACGUGCUUCCGUCUGUGCUUCCGUCCGUGCCUACGUCUGGCCGACCGUGCGUCCGUCUGUGCUUCCGACCGUGCCUACGUCUGGCCGGCCGUGCGUCCGUCUGUGCGUUUCUGCAUCCGUGCCUACGUCUGGCCGGCCGUGCGUCCGUUGGUGCGUGCGUCAGUCCGUCUGUGCGUGCUUCUGUGGGUGCGUCAGUCCGUCUGUGCGUCCGUGCCAACGUUUGGCCGGACGUGCUUCCGUCUGUGCCCACGUCCGUGCCUCCGUCCGGCCGGCUGUGCGUCCGUCUGGCCGGCCGUCUGUGCGUGCGUCCGUCCGUGCGUGCGUCCGUCCGUCCGUGCGUCAGUCCGUCUGUGCGUCAGUCCGUCUGUGCGUCCGUGCCUACGUCUGGCCAGACGUGCGUCCGUCUGUGCCCACGUCUGUGCUUCCAUCUGUCCGUGUCUCCGUCUGACUGGCUGUCCGUCCGUGUGUGCGUGCCCACGUCCGUGUGUGCGUGCCCACGUCCGUGUGUGCAUGCGUGCAUCCAUCUGUCCAUUCGUCCGUCUGUGCAUCCGUCCGUGCCUAUGUCCGGCCGGGCCCAUGUCUGUGCGUCCGUGCGUAUGUCAGUCUGUUUGCCCGCAAAAACAAAAAACAGCAGGGGGUCUACCAAAAAAUUUUUGUGAUUGUGUGUGUGUGUGUGUGUGUGUUUGUGUUUGUGUGUGUGUGUGUGUGUGUGUGUUUGUGUUUGUGUGUGUCAAAGCAUUAAAUUGUCUUCCUCCCUGUUACAUCUCUGAUAUGCUCUCUUUUUAUGCCCGUGCCCGAGCUCUCAGAUCCGCUGCUGCCACACUGCUAAGGAUUCCUACCCUUCCAUAAAAGAAAAUUGGUGAAGCCGCCUUCGAUAUGUACGCGCCCAAGAGAUGGAACUCCCUGCCUCUUCACUUCAGAGACGCAACCUCCAUCGACUCGCGCUGAUUGUUUUUUUGUAUUUUUUCUCCUGUCUUUAUCCUUUUAUUGUCUAUUGUACGUUACAUUUUGCUUUUGUUAAAAGAUGGAAAAAUUAACAUAAUGAAAAGAAAUAGAAGAAAAAGGAAGAAAAUAUAGGUCCCCCAUAAGGGGGGGGUAGUGGUUGGGUUUAUAAAAAAAAAGCGUGUGCGUGUGUUUACAAAGAGUGUGUGAUUACAAAGCGUGUGUGUGUGUGUGUGUGUGUGUGUGUGUGUGUGUGUG